AUGAGUGCUGCUCCCGUUGUCCGGAAACCCGUCGGCAGUUCUGCCGUGUCACGCGUCUCCGCCGCAGUCUCCCCAAUCUUCAAGACCACCGAACUCUCCAGCGAGGGCCUCAAGCGUGAAAUUGACGGCCAGGAGAUCCACCCCUUCCCCAACGUGACGCCGAAUCCCCCGGUCGUGGUCGCAGGGCACCACGAGGUCAAUGGCGACAAUACCUGGCGCCCUGAGAUGGACGGAGCGAGCCCGCGCGUAGAGGUUUCCGGAGAGGGCCGACCACCCGAGCUGCCUGAGCAAUCUCAGAGCCCUCCCCCCGUUUACAGGCACACAGCCCAAGAUCAGUCAACUCAGCGGUGGGAAUUGCCAGACAACUCGCGGUCAUCAUGA